AACCUGAGGGAGAACGGAAACCGAAACUGCGGCUUCGACGACGCACAGACUCAGACAAGAAGUUUGCUGAAUGGCCUGCUGAGGUCAAUAAGGAAGGACCAAGACCUCAGAGAGGACAACAUGACCAGCUGAUCUGAAGCAUGUUCAAUUCAGCUCUAUUUCCUUCUUCAAAGCUGCAUUGUUAAACGCAGCUGCAUACAGUGGCAAACUGACAGAAAGCACUUUGGGUGUGUUGUUUAACUGUAGACUUUAGGAUCAUUUAAGGUGUCUGGAAAAACGCUGCCAUGAGUGAAUCAAGUGAAACCAAAUAUAGUGUCGCAUCCAGCCAUGAGGACAAAAACAGCAGCAGUUGCUCCUCUACUGAACCCCACACAUCCAAUCAUUCUGAAUGUGUUGGGUUUCAUCAGCAGAAGAGAGCUUCCUCUCCAGUGCUUAGCCAUGUUUCUGUGAAGAGUGAUGCAUCAAUGGAUCCUCCAGUUAAAUUCCAGGAGGAAGAUCAGAGUCUCUCGGGAGAUUGGCUCAGCUCUUUGUCACACACCCAUGUAUCUGUUCAGAGUAAUUGGUCAAUGGAGCCACCAACUAAUCUCCAUAUGACUGAUUCUCUCGUCCACCGAGAGCAGCCAACAGAAAUGCAACACCAAUCAACCCCAAAGACACAAAUGGCCCUUGCUGCUAUUUUGCGGCAACUUCAACGCAAUGUGAUCACUUUUGUAAAGAAGGAACUCAGAAAAAUCGACAGCGUUUUGAACCCUGAUCUCACAGAGUGUACAAAGAGUCCACCAGAUGAAAUCGACGAGUUUGCUCUUGAAGCCAAAGAAGCAACAGUCAAAAUCACAUUACAUAUUCUGAAGUGUAUGAAGGAGCAAAGCCUCUUUGACAAACUUCUUCAAUUUCAUCAAAUUGAUGCUUGUCAGCAAAAGCUUAAAUCCAGUUUGAAGAACAGGAGCCAAUGUAUAUUUGAAGGUAUUGCUAAGCAGGCAAAUCCAGCCCUACUCAACAAAAUCUUUACAGAGCUCUACAUCACAGAAGGAGGGAUUGGAGAAGUCAAUAACGAGCAUGAGGUGAGACAGAUUGAGACAGCAUCUUGGACACCAAAGACACAGGAAACUCCAAUCAAAUGCAAUGACAUCUUUAAAGCUUUACCUGGACAAAACAAGCCCAUCAGAACCGUAAUGACUAAAGGAGUUGCUGGCAUUGGAAAAACAGUCUCUGUGCAGAAGUUUGUUCUGGACUGGACUGAAGGAAAAGCCAACCAAGAUGUUCAUUUUGUGUUUCCAUUGCUUUUCCGGGAGCUAAAUUUGAUUGGCAAAGAGCAGUACACAUUGGAGCAACUUGUUUAUUUGUUCUUUAGAGAAAUUAAGGGAUUCAAACUUUCAAACUUAGAGAAGUUCAAAGUCAUAUUUAUCUUUGAUGGUUUGGAUGAGUGCCGACUGCCUCUUGAUUUUAGGAACAACAAAAUGUGCUCUGAUGUAACAGAACUGGCCUCUGUGGAUGUGCUGCUGACCAAUCUUAUCAAGGGGAAUCUGCUUCCAUCUGCUCUCCUCUGGAUCACCUCUCGACCAGCAGCAGCCAGUCAGAUCCCUCCUGAGUCUGUCGACCAGGUCACAGAGGUACGAGGGUUCAAUGACCCUCAGAAGGAUGAGUAUUUCAGGAAGAGAAUCAGUGAUCAGAGUCUGGCCAAUAGAAUCAUCUCACACAUGAAAUCAUCAAGGAGCCUCUACAUCAUGUGUCACAUCCCAGUUUUCUGCUGGAUUUCUGCCACUGUUCUAGAGAGGAUGUUGAGUGAUGGAGAGAGUUGUCAGAUCCCCAAAUCUCUAACUGAAAUGUACACACAUUUCCUGAUUUUCCAGACAUUGCAGAUGAUAGACAAGUACAAGGAACUACAUCAGUUGGAUCCACACUUGAGUAGAAACAAUAUCCUGUCACUUGGAAAACUGGCCUUUCAACAACUGAGGAAAGGUUUUGUGAUCUUCUACGAAGAAGACCUGAUAGAGUGUGGCAUUGAUGUCAAGGAUGCAUCACUAUAUUCAGGACUUUGCACCCAGAUCUUCAGAGAGGAGUUUGGGCUAUACCAAAGGAAGGUCUUUUGUUUUGUGCAUCUGAGUUUCCAAGAGUAUCUUGCUGCUUUGUUUGUUCACCUUCACUGGUUUACAACUCAAAAGCCUAGUAGUGAUAAAUUCAAGAUACCAUUCCAAGACACAGACUUUGGGGAGCUCUGCAUGGAUUCAUCUCUGUUUGAUCUACACAUGAGUGCUGUAAAUCAGGCUUUAAAGUCAAGGAAUGGGCACUUUGACCUUUUCCUCCGCUUCCUCCUUGGCCUUUCACAAGAGCGCAGUGAGAGCUUGUUUCACCACCUUUCAAUACAAAUAGGACACAUCACACACAGCAAUGAGAACACAGUCAUGUACCUAAAAGAAAAGCUUGGGACAGGUCUUAGCCCCGAGAGGUCCAUCAAUCUUUUCCACUGCCUCAAUGAAAUGAAUGACCACUCUCUUAUCAAGGAAAUCCAAACAUACCUUAACUCUGGACAACUUUCAGAGGAGCUACUUUCAAAUGCGCAGUGGUCGGCUCUGGUCUUUGUGCUGCUCACCAGUGAUGAAGGACUGGAGGUUUUUGACUUGAGAAAAUUCUUCAAAUCAGAUGAGUGUCUUUUCAAGCUUCAUCCUGUUAUCAAAGCCAGUCGGAUUGCCAUAUUGUCGACAUGUAAACUGACAAAGAAAAGCUGUCCAGCUUUGGCUUCUGUUCUUGAGGCCAAUCCCAAUGUCCUGAGAGAACUGGACCUGAGUUUCAAUGACCUUGGAGACAAGGGGGUGAAAAGUCUCUGCUCUGGACUAAGGAGCCCACAUUGCAAACUACAGACACUAAAACUUGAGUUUUGUGGACUCAGAAGAGACAGCUGUUCAGCCCUUGUUGCUGCUCUUACAUCAAACCCAUCACAUCUCAAGGAGCUGGACCUGAGCUACAAUAACAUUGGAAAUGAAGCAGCAACCUGGCUUUUGGGUUUAGUGCCAGACUGUGAACUGGAGACUCUAAGGCUUUCAAACUGUGGGAUCACAAAGGAGGCCUGUGCUUUCCUCACAUCUGCUCUGAGUUCAAAACCCUGCCAACUUAAGAAACUGGACCUAAGUGAAAAUAGACUUUGGGACUCAGGGGUUGGGAUGUUUUCUGGUUUACUUGCAGACCCAAACUGUAACCUCGAAGAGUUGAGAAUGCAACACGCACGUCUUGUGGAAAUCCUGUAGAAUUCAACCAAUCUGAUGACGACUUCAACAAUCCUGAAGUGUUUCCACUUUUGUUUCCCAUUUGCAUCAGACGUUCAGCCAAUGGUCCAUGGGCGUAACGUCUGAGGCUGAGACUAAUAAGAAUUUAUCUCAAGAGGGGAACUGACUGUCUUCAAAAAAGUUUUGAUUGCAUUUUCUUUUCUUUUUGCAUUCAUCCUUAUAAUGCAUAUUAAUGUAGUCUUAAUAAGCAUACCUCUGCUUUAUUUACAGCAGUAACCGAGGAAAUGCUCUAAUGCGGCUGUUUCAAAAAUGCCACCUGCUGACUGAGGGUGAAUUUGCAUUUUUAGCAUACCUUCACAAAGCUAACGAACAUUCUGUUUGCUGUAAAUCUUGAAAUUAUACAAUCUAAUUUAAAUGUAAAAAAUAACUGCUCAUGCAUUUCAAAUUUAUGUACUCUUAUUGUUUUUUGUCCUUUGUUUAAAAAAAAAAAAAAAAAACAUUCUGUACUAGAAUUGGCCCAUUUGCUUGGAAAAAUCAGCAGUCAAACUUGUAAACACUGUAGGUAUAUACGCAUACUGCAAACAAACAAACAGUUUAGCGCGGGUGUAUAUUUGAAUGUGGGUGGUGUCUGACUUGAACCAGUUCCAGUGGACUAAAAAUGCCUUUCCUGAAUUUUGUGGUUGUUGUUCCAGUCCAGCCCUGUGAGUAGGCAACUAUUGAAUUUGUUAAUUUAAGGUAUUAUUUAUUUAUUAUUAUUAUUUUAUUUAUUUUUUUGUGGCUAUGAGUCCAUUCAAAUGUAUUACAUUCAUAGAGGAGAGAGAGUUUCUAACCCUGGUCCUGAAGAACCCCCAACAGUACACUCUUUUAUGGCCGUGGGAAGUAGGACAUUACAGCACUCUCUGACAGAUGCAAAAAAAUAAAUACAGAAACGUAUUAAAACAUUUUUUAAAUCCUCCUGUUUGUUAUUAACCUAAGAAGUUUAUGCACAAGGAGGUUUUGAGCACAACUAAAUAAUUAUUGACCUUUUCGCACGUACAUACGAUCACACCGGUGUGAUUAGUCUAGGCUGGUCCCAGUGCAUGAUGUGAUCAACUGCUAAAUUCAAAUGUGCUUUCACGUGUUGGCUGGCGCUGAGCCAGAGAGAGGCGCGUUCAGAGCAUAGGUUCAGAGCUGUCAUAUAUCACAACUUUUCAGUGUUUUCAACCACAUAAUGUAUAUUUUAGGUUUCAGACAUAUAAGUACUAAAAAAACAAUACAUUUAGAAAAAAUACACACUGAUGUCAAAGGAAGAGGCAAUAAUAAUCCUUUCCAUUAUAAUUAGACACGUUGUUUUAUUCAUAUCAGAUACACAUGUGUAAGUAACUUUAAAGUUUACUCUAUUCUUCUCCCAGUUCACCUGCCACUUACUUUUAUGUAUUUCAGGAGAAGUGGAUGAAUACACGUGUUGUAAAUCCAACAGAAAUCCGAUUCUCUGAACUGCGUCUGCGGCACAAACUAAGAUGCCGUCGCGCAUACAGGUCAACUAACGCGAUCGUCAUAAAGGUGUUUUAAAACACUUCCACUUGCAUAUAUUUGACAGUCGGAAAAUAUCAGAUAUUUCAUGCCAUAUCUAACAAAUUUGUGAAUAUUUUGAAUAAAAAGGAAAAAUGACAUAAAAGCAGAUCAUCAUUCAUUCAGCUCUGUUGUUGUUGCGGUGUGUCACGUGACAAGCAAUGAUGCGUCACCAUGGAAACCAUAAAGUGACACAUUCUAAAUAACGGUCGCCUUAAAAAACUCGCCCUGGGAGGUCAGACAGAAUGCAUAAUUGUCAACUGACCUCACGUUGAACUUCAAGGUGAAGACGUUGCAACAGUGAAGGUAUAAAAAGAAUAAUACAAAAAACAUGAAGGUAUCUAGAUGUCAUAAUGGCACAGAAAAGAAUUUUGGAUUUUUUUGGUACAUCAUUGGUAUAAAUGUUUAAUUCUUAUUAGUGUGUGUUUACUUUGUUAUUAGACUUAGACGUUAUUAAGAGGUGUUCACCUGACACGCAAAAAAUGCACCUCCCACUACAGCACCCCCAACUUAAAACCUCUUCCCAUGGCCCUGCACUCUUUGGAUGUCUCUCUCAUUUGACACAACCAUUUCAGGUCUUGAAUUCCCUACUAAUGAGCUGAUCAGUUAAAUCAGGUGUGUUUGAAAAGGGAGACAUACAAAAUAUGCAGGGUUGGGGUUACUACAGGACCAGGAUUGGGAACCAUUGCUGCAAUGCAAACUAGAAAUUACAUUAGGCUUCUUUUUAAUAAUUUAAUAAUCCAUGUAAUUUAAUUCACUGGUACCAGUGGUUUCAAAUUACUCCCAACUCAAUAUUAUAUAUAUUUUUUUUAAUAAAAUUUAGUUUAAAACAUCCUUUUUUUGUACAUAUUUAAAUUCAUCUUAGAAUGCCAAAAUUGUAUGACAUGGCCACUAAGGCAGUUGUCAAAAGUUUUUGAUUAGCCAAACCAUAUUGACAAAUCCGCAAGUGAAUAGGAAGUGAGGCUGUAUCUUUUGAUGACUUUGGUGUUUUG